ACAGUCAACAUCAUAUCGGUCAUAACCUUGUCCAAAUAAUGAUACAAUAAUAUCAACAUUGUGAAUUAAUCAAAACUACGGUGAAUAAAUAAACUAAUUAUUUAGUUAAAAUGAACUAUUUUAUUUUGGCAGUUUGUUUUCUUCGUAUACUUAUAGUACAUGUCACAUGUCAAAGAUAUAAGACUAUUUACCAAAAGAUUCAACAAGAACCGUUAUAUUCAGAAUUUAAUGGACUCAUUCAUACCAGUACAGCAGCAAAACUUAAUCUACAUUAUGAACAGCUGACAGUCUUUGUUCCGGAAAAUUGGGCAUUUCGUCAUUCAGAAGUUAAAUACAACUCUGAGCUAGCAUUCUACCACAUGAGCUUUGAGAUAAAAAGCUUAGACAUGCUGAAGAGAACUAAUUCCUUACCCACAGUAAUUUUGGAAAAUCCACCCCUAUGGAUUAGUCAGAAUAAUGGUGAAUUAUAUAUUAAUAAUGCAAAAAUUGUCAAAAAUAAAUCAGAUUAUCUCACUAGAAGCCGAAAUGGUGACAUGGGAAAACAGCAGAUUCUUCAUAUGAUAGACGAAGUCCUCGAUCCUGUAAUUAAAUCUCCUACAGCAUCUCCAAGUGCUUUCGAUUUCUUAACCACGCUAUACAAAUGGAACUUGGGACCUGCCAAUACUGUGUCCCAAUUCCUUACCAAGAUCCAGGAAACAAAACUUCAGUAUGUUUUCAAACAAAAUGCUGGGCAUACCUAUUUUAUACCUAUUGAUUCUGGAAUAGGACCCUCGAAGUUUAAAAUGAUGAAUAAAAAUAUUAUUCUAGGACAUGUUGUACCGUUUAACGUGUUAUUUACCAGACCUACUGCAAAGAAUACUUUAUUUGAAACAUUGGCUAAUGACGAGAUGCUGUACGUCGCUAUUUCUUUUGAAGAAAAAGAUAAACGUUUGUUUGUAAAAGGAUUAAUACGAGAUGUUUUAGGACAUCGAGAAUUUUAUUCAGAGGUUAUCAAAGCAAAUAUUCCUGUCAAUAAUGGGGUUAUUCACCUUAUAUCACAACCACUAGGAAUUAAUACCAAAGAUCUAAAACCAUUUCCAUUCCUACCGGUUUUGGAAAAAGUUAGCUUAGAUCCAAAUUUAGAUGUUUUCUUUUCAAUGGGAGAAAGAACUGGCUUUAAUAAAAAUUUUUCUAAGAAAAAUGUUAGCUUCACUUAUUUUGUCCCACUGGAUACUGCAUGGAAAAAGGCUGAGUCAGAGUAUUUAGAGGCAGUAGAAAACGAAAUAGAUAUUUUGGGAAAACAUCUUAUCAUUUCUGAUGCUCCGUACUCUAUAGAACUGCUACUGUCUUUAACGAAAGCAAACAAUUACACAGACAUAGAACUGCAAAGUGAAUCUGGAACUUUAAGGAUAAUGGUGCUUUUAAUAAAAGGAGUGUAUUAUUUAAAAUGGCAUAAUAGAUUUAUAAAAAUAGAAAGACCAAAUUACGAAUGCACUAAUGGAGUUAUACAUGUUUUAUCAAGCCCUUUGGCAAAUUUCAGAAGAAGAGAUGUAAACGGGGUGGAUAUAGAAAAUCUAUUAUUUGAAGGAAUUUUUAACAAAAUUAAUAAAACGUUAAACGCAUUAACGAAAUAAAUUCCAUGAAAGAGGAAGGCUGUGUAAAGUAAUUAACAAGUUAAAACUUAUAAUUAAAAAAAAAUCUGUGUAAAAUUCCAAAUGUGGUAAACAAUAUUUAUUAUUUCUUUUUCAUUAAAUGACUUUAUUGAACUAAU